AUGGGAGCCCCCGGUCUUUUUGAGUCGUUUCUCGGCGCGAUACAAGCCAGUCUUUCCGUCCUGCUUGUCAUGUUCUAUGGCGGAGCAGCAGCAUACCUCAAGUUGAUUGACCGCCAAAGCUCAAGAUCCAUAUCCAAAAUAUGCGUCCGCGUAUUCCUUCCAGCACUGCUGAUCACAAAAGUGGGCUCUCAGCUGCGUCCGGAAUCGGCCAGUCGCUACCUGGUCAUCGUUCUAUGGGGCAUUGUCUGUCACAUUGUCUCGUUCCUGAUCGGCAUCUUUGCCCACCGUGGCCUUGGGAUGCCGGAUUGGACAACCGUCGCCAUCUUGAUCAACAACACCACGAGCUACCCCUUACUUCUCAUCACAGCCUUGGAGGAUACAGGCAUACUGCGUUCUCUUGCCGGUCCCGGGGAGACGAUCGACGAUGCCAUCGAGCGAGCCAAAUCCUAUUUCCUGGUCUUCUCCACCAUCUCGAAUUGCAUUACAUUUGCAAUUGGACCACGCCUCAUCGAUUCUGAGCACGAGCCUGAUCAGGAAGAAGACAAGAACAGUGACGGUGACGUGCACGAGCAAAAUCAUGAUCCUCCAGAGGACGUCGAGGCCAACGAGCAGACACGGUUGCUGCGCCCUCAACCCCGGCCGCUCACAUCGUCGUUUCCAACACGUAGCCAGAGCUUCCUGUUAUCGCGCCGCCCGCGGAGUCACAGUUCCAGGCCGGAAGUGAAGGAGGACCGUCGGCGUCCUUGGUUCGUCCCGCGCAAGAGAUGGGACCAGCUCACUCCCCGUGCUAAGUGGUGGUUCUUAUUCAUCGUCGACUUCUUCAAUGCCCCGCUCGUUGGCGCCAUCAUUGGCACCGUCCUCGGCAUGGUUCCCGCCUUACAUCGCGCAUUCUUCAACGGCUCUGGGGAAGGCGGUAUCUUCACCGCCUGGUUGACAGCUUCUCUGAAGAACGUCGGUAUUCUGUUUGUUUCCCUGCCCGUUGUCGUUGCGGGCGUGUCGCUCUUCUGCUCUAUGAAGGAGGCGAAGCAGAAUCAUGAGAGUGCUGUGAACAUGCCGUGGGGAACAGUCAGCUUCAUCCUAAUCGUGCGAUUCAUCCUCUGGCCGGUCAUGUCUAUCGGAGUCAUCUAUUUGCUCGCCUCGAAAACGAGCCUGUUGGGUUCGGAUCCGAUGCUUUGGUUCACCCUCAUGAUGAUGCCUACGGGCCCUCCCGCUAUGAAGUUGAUUACACUAGUCCAAGUGGCCGACGGUACCAAGGACGACGAGGUCCAUAUUUCCAAGCUGCUCACGAUAUCAUACAUUAUCUCACCCAUCUUGUCGUUCACGGUUGUUGGGAGCUUGAUGGCCAGCCAAGCAUCUUUACGAUGA